AUGGAUUCAUCCUGUUUCUCCAACGAUGCAGUUUCUGGGUUCAAAGAUAAGGAGUCAAUGGUUGACCCGUUUUUGGUGGAAGCUCUUCAGAACCCUCGUCAUCGCCUUACCAUUCUGCGGAUGGAGCUGGACAUCCAGAAAUUUCUGAAUAAUGCUGAUCAACAGCAUUUUGAGUUUCAACAUUUCCCUUCUUCCUAUCUCAGAUUGGCUGCACACCGUGUUGCUCAACACUACAGUAUGCAAACAAUGGUUCAAGAUAAUGGCUUAGAUGGCCAGAGUAAAAUUCUGGUCAGAAAGUUACCUGAAAGCAAAUAUCCAGUGGUUCGUUUAUCUGAAAUACCUGUGAAACAGUUGGACAAUGAGAAAUCUGAGCAGAAAAAAAUUGUCAUUCGACCUAGGCCUCAUAAAUCUUGUUUGAAUGGAGCCAAUGAUUCUGCUAGAAAAGGAAACCCUCUAAGAAGUGUGGAAGAGAGGAAGGAGGAAUAUGAUCGGGCAAGAGCACGUAUCUUUAAUGGCUCUACAAGCUUUGAUUCAGGUGAUACCCCGACUUUGGUCCCAAUAGAUGGGAGAAGUUCUUUAAUGUGCAAGGAUGAAAGUGAAACUAGCAAAAUCCCCAUGACUGAUUCUGAAAGAUGCUUUAGUGUGAGGGAUAAUAGUUAUCCUCGAGUUGCCAUUAUCAGAGAUAGGGAAAAGGAUCGAAGUGAUCCAGAUUAUGAUCGUAGCUAUGGAAGGUAUGCUAGGAGUCUCUCAGCCUCCGCAGUUAAUUUGGUGCCCUUUAAUUUGCCAAAAGCUCAACCUUCAUUUGCUCAGUAUGACAUUACUUUUAAUCAGUUGGGUCAAAUGGCACAAACUCAGGCCUCACUUGGAUAUGGACCCCCUUCAACCCCGAUAAUGAGCCCUUUUUGUACCCCAGGAUUGAAUCCAGCAUCUGGAGAUGGUGCUUACCUACAGUGGCCAAGUCCUACAAUGAUGUAUGCACAUUCAUAUGACCAAUUUAGACAUGCUGUUUACCAGGCUCCAUUUGGUCAACCUUUGAGCUUUGAUUAUUCACAGAACUAUUAG